CGCAGUUGAUGAGAACAUCAGAGUUUUAAAAUCCACAGUCAAAAGCAUUAUUGGGAAUUCCCUGGUGGUCCAGUGGUUAGGACUGUGCGCUUUCACUGCUGAGGGCAUGGGUCCAAUCCCUGCUCGUGAAACUAAGAUCCCGCAAGCUGCGCAGCGCGGCCAAAAAAAAAAGUCUCAGUCAAGAGCAUUAUUAAAAUAGGGGCUGUAGUCAUACAUAAAACUUCCUUCUGUCCAAGUACUUGUAAAUGAGCUGGAAAAGUGCUUGCUACCUCCCUCCAGAUAACUGCGCAUUAAUAUAAAAAUGCUGGGUAGAAGCUGGGUGGACAGCUUAAUUCAUAAACACUUCAAGCAUGGAGUUAGGCUCGGUUUUGAAGAAGGUGGGCAAAUUCUGGCAAUUAACAUGGGGCGGGUAGGGAGAAAAGCAUAAGUGAGGGUGGGCCUCUGGUGGUGUAUGUUUUGGCAUUACGAAAUUCCUUAAUUCCCUAGAAGGGAUUGUAGCUAAGAGGUGACCAAAAAUGUCUCAAGUUAAUAUUUUUGUAACGAAACUUAGAUCCGGGAUUUCACAAGUGUUUGCGCCCUACCAUGUGCCCGCUGUCAGGUAUUCAACAGCAAAAUUCCUGCCCUCAGUUUACAAAUCGAGAGAGCAGACGCUAAACAAAAGUACUAGUAAGUAAACUACGUGGCAUAUUGUCUGGGAUUCCAAUUCUAAAUAAGAUAGUCAAGGAGAACCUCGCAUUUGAGCAAAGACCUGAAGAGCGGUGGCGACCAGAGAGCGCCUUGGGGCCAUCUGGGGAAGACCUGCAGGCGGCGGGGCCAGCAAGAGUCGCAUUACCAGAAUUUACAGCAGUACAGGCCCAAAGGGCACCGGCGAGGGCGAAAUUGCUCCGAGUCAAAACCCUUUACAUGCAAAACUUAGCGGGUCGCUGCUAGCAGGGGACUUGAGCCACCAAGGAUUUAGUCCCCCAAUUUUACCUUAAGUCUCUCUCACACCACCCUUCUACCUUACACCGAUUAGGCCACGCCCACCGGCCCACAGUGCUCCGCAAGUGGGCGGACCUCUCAUUGCCCCGCCCCGUGACCUGCACGUUCGCGGAAAAGCCAAAGGUCAGAGGUUGUGGAGCCGUCAUGGCGACGCUGUGCCGGACCCGUGCCGUGACUGCCGACAGUCAUUUUCUGCGAGUGCUUCUCUUCUUUCGGCCCUGUCGAGACGCAGGCACUGAAAGUGGCUCCGGAAGCGAGAGUUCUGAUUCCACGGAGCCUAGGCCGCGCCUAGGCGGCUUCGCGAGCUCUUUGAAGCGGCACUCAGAGCUGCAGCGGAAGGCGGAGCUCGGGCGGAUGAGAGGCUCUCCAAAAGAUGUGGAAUCCUUCGCGUCUAUGCUGAGACAUUCUCCUCUUACACAGAUGGGACCUGCCAAGGAUAAACUAGUCAUUGGACGAAUCUUUCAUAUUGUGGAGAAUGAUCUUUAUAUAGAUUUUGGUGGCAAGUUUCCUUGUGUAUGUAAAAGACCGGAAGUGGAUGGCGAACUGGAGAACACAGAAAGCUGGUUCAAAGGAGGAGAGAAUUAUGCAGACAUGUGGAGUGAAGACUGGAAAUACCAGAAAGGAACCAGAGUCCGGCUGCGACUAUUAGAUCUUGAACUUACAUCUAGGUUCUUGGGAGCCACAACAGAUACAACUAUCCUAGAGGCUGAAGCAAUUCUGUUAGGACUCCAGGAGAGUAAAGACUCAAAAUCAAAAGAAGAACAUCGUGAAAAAUAAAUGAACUUUGCUUAGCGUAUUCACUCCUUUUUUGUUGAACCCAGGUAUUCAUCACGAAUGCCAUUAGACAAUUAUGAAUAAAUGAUUGGAGAAGACAUAGUAAAUGCAAGCUAUAAUUAUAGCUCUUAUUUGUCAGAAUUUUCUUUAGGUGUAGCUCUCCUCCUCCUGUUUUUAUACCCAUUCUUUCCUUUGAUUGGAGUAGUGUAAACUGUACUGAGAAACGCUGUCAUUCAAUAAAUAUGUUUUGAGUGCA